AUCAAACUGAAUACAGAUAAGAUCCUCACCAGUUCCAGAAUGCUCCUGUUUACAGACUAAUCUCCUUUUAGACUGGGUCCAGCAAUCACUCACACCCGUUUGUUCCAGUUUUUUCCAAGUAUCUUGGGGGGUGGAGAUGCUCUCUCUUUAGCCAGCUGAAGACAAAAUGGAGGGGUCUCCCACGGGUUUAAACAGACUUUCUCUUGUGGGUGGAGAGCCCUUCCUCACCCUUAUGCAAAGUCCAGCUCCAAAAUGGAGUUCUCGAGUCACCUGGUCAAGUCAUAUGUCCAUGCAUGACUCACAAUUUUUACAAGUAGCAUCCAUUGUUUACAUGCUACCUUGAAGGUCCUCAAGUUAAGUAGACUUCUUAUGUGGAUUGGAGCAUUCCAAGAUCCAUUGUCCUUUAAGUGUUUCUUGAUUAGGUACUUAAUUUCAACAUUCCUUUCUCUAGGAACUGACCAAAUGCUCUACGAAGGUUAUUUAGGAAUCAAGCCAAUGCACAGCCAACAUUCAUAACUUUGAAUACAAAAAUGAUACAUGCAUACAAAUAGGAUUAAUACAUUCAGUAGAUCAUAACCUUUGAAAUAUGUUACAUGGCAUAUAUAGCAUAAAACACAUUCUAAGCAUAUUUCCAUAAAGCCUUAUGGGAGAUACCCUCUGCCCCCAUCCUGGGCUGCAGGGAGAGUGGGGCUCAGAAGAAUGAGCUGAGUUCUAGGGUAGGCUGAGGAGGCCGGGUUAUGGGUCGUAUGGCUGGAGACUCCGGAACUGAAACCACUUAAAACGCCUCGCAGAUGAGAGUAUGGGGGGCAGGGUGGGUUGUGCCGCUCCCCUGCGUUAAAUUGAAUAAAGUUGACAGGCUGGUGCAUAAAAUCCAUCUCCUUGGUUGUCCUCAGUUGCUACCGAACCUACGCCGAAGGAUCUCAGCUGGAAGGCCGGGCUGCAGCACACCCACGGGAUGAGGACAGCACCCCAUAGAAGCCAGGGAUGGGAGAAGCAUCCUUAAUGCAUUGGGGGCUGGAGGCUCCGUGAGCUCAUCCAUCGUGUCUCCGUUUUUUGCAUAGCUCGCUUCCUUGUAAGCUGCCAGCAGUCAGAUGAGAUGUGAAGCUGAGGUCCUGACCACUUGCCAUCACUUCAGAUCCUGUGGAAUCGUCAGGAGAGCUGGAGGGUUUCGUUGUAGGGCUUUCUCAAGCUCCAUGAUGGUUUCGAGGAAGGUGGUGGCUUCUCUGCUGGUGGUGUAUGUGGUGGCCAUGCUGGCUGAACAGAUUGAAGGCUACCUAGCCUUCUUCACUCGCAGUGACAUUGAGAGGAUGCAGCUCCAGGAGAAACAGAGGAACAAAGCGCAGAAGAAAUCCCUGAUAUUGCAGAAGCGGUCGGAAGGUGGAGACAUUACUGAGCUCUCUGACGUGGAGCGUGUGGACGAGGGCGAGAUCAUCAAGCUGACUGCUCCUGGAGAAACUGGAAUGCGGCUUGACGCUAGUCAGCUGGAAAAAUACCAGCACGUCCUGGAGGAACUGCUAACUGAGAUGCUACUGGACGCUCGAAACGGUAAUUGAUAUCCUCAGACCCAGAAGAGCAGGGUGAUGCUGCCUGCUGGACUACAGGUCUACGCUUCUGCAAGACUAACUCAGUGAAGGGCUGCAAAAGAAAAAAAUCUGAUGUGAGCUAAUAAAAU